AUGACUAGCGAGGAUAUCAGAACGAAAAAUCUCAAAAAGCCCGUUGACGUGGCUGAGUACCUCUUCACGAGGCUCCGCCAGAUCGGAAUCAAAUCUGUCCACGGACUUCCAGGUGACUUCAACCUUGUCGCCCUUGACUAUCUACCCAAGGCCGGGCUUAAAUGGGUCGGCAACUGCAAUGAGUUAAAUGCCGCGUAUGCUGCCGACGGUUACGCCCGUGUGAAGGGCAUCAGCGCUAUCGUCACCACUUUUGGUGUAGGCGAGCUGUCCGCUGUCAACGGUAUCGCCGGCGCUUAUAGCGAACACGUUCCCAUUGUUCACAUCGUCGGGUGUCCGUCUACCGUUUCUCAACGCAGCGGUCUACUGCUGCACCACACCCUAGGAAAUGGCAACUUCAACGCCUUUGCCGACAUGAGCGCUUCCAUCUCUUGCGCCGUCGCUAAGCUCAAUGAUCCGGCUGAGAUCGCUGGUCAGAUUGACCAUACCCUACGAGAAUGUUACUUGCGCUCUCGCCCCGUUUAUAUCAUGUUCCCCACCGAUAUGGUUGAGAAGAAGAUCGAGGGCGAGCGUCUCGAGACUGAAAUCGAUCUGACCGAACCUGCUAACGACCCGGAUCGGGAAGACUACGUCGUGGAUGUCAUUCUCAAGUAUCUACACGCCGCUGAGCGACCUGUCAUCCUAGUCGACGCUUGUGCCAUCCGUCACCGUGUCCUCGACGAGGUCCACGAACUUAUCGAGAAGACUAAUUUACCCGUAUUCGUCACUCCCAUGGGCAAGAGUGGCAUAAACGAGACGCAUCCCAGCUACGGCGGCGUCUAUGCGGGAACUGCCUCUGCCCCAGCCGUCAAGGAAAUGGUCGAAGGCUCUGACCUCGUCAUCUCCGUCGGCGCGCUUAAGAGCGAUUUCAACACCGCCGGAUUUUCUUACCGUCUAUCCCAGCUGACGUCCAUUGACCUGCACAGCGACCACUGCAUCGUGCGAUACUCAGAGUACCCCGGCGUGCGGAUGAAGGGCGUCCUACGCAAGAUCGUCGACCGCCUCGACGUAGCACAAGUCAAGGCCCUCCCGGCACCCAAGUUCGAGUCUCCUCCCGUGACGCCCGACGUCAACGCCGUCAUCAAGCAAGAAUUCUUCUGGUCGCGCAUCGACCGGUUCCUCCGGGAAGGCGACAUCGUCGUCACAGAAACCGGCACGGCCAACUUCGGCGUGUGGGAGACGCGGUUCCCGGCAGACGUGACGGCGCUCAACCAGACGUUCUGGGGCAGCAUCGGCUGGGCGGUCGGCGCAUGCCAGGGCGCCGCGCUAGCAACGCAAGAUAUCGAGGGUCUAGACAAAGCCCGGCGAACGAUCCUGUUCGAAGGCGACGGCAGCCUGCAGCUGACGGUGCAGGAAAUCAGCACGAUGCUCCGCCACCAGCUGAACGUGAUCAUCUUCGUGAUCUGCAACGACGGGUACACGAUCGAGCGGUUCAUCCACGGGAUGGACGCGUCGUACAACGACAUCGUGGAGUGGCGGUACAAGGACCUGCCGGCGGUGUUCGGCGCGACGGAGGAGACGGCGCGGUCGUACGCCGUGCGCACCCGCGGCGAGCUCGAGGACCUGCUCGCCGAUAAGGACUUCAACGAGAGGAAGGGCCUGCGGUUCGUCGAGCUGUAUAUGCCGCGCGAGGACGCGCCGAAGAGUCUGAUGUUGACGGCGGAGGCUAGUGCGAAGAGGAAUGCUAUGACGGAGUGA